AUGUCUGCCGAUAAGGAAUAUACGUACUCGGAUGUUUCGGAGCACAACACCAAGAAGGAUCUGUUCAUCGUCGUGCACGACAAGGUGUACGAUGCAACAAGCUUUGUAGACGAGCAUCCAGGAGGUGAAGAAGUGCUCCUGGAUGUCGGAGGCCAGGACUCAACCGAGGCAUUCGAGGACGUUGGCCACUCGGACGAAGCCCGGGAGAUCCUUGAAGGUCUGCUCGUCGGAACGCUGAAGCGAAAGGAGGGCGACCCAAAGCCAAAGUCCUACGCAGCACCCGGCAGCUCCACAACCACUGCGACCGACGGCGCUUCGACAGGUGUGGGUCUUUACGCUGUUAUUCUGCUUGGUGGUGCUCUUGCUUUCGCGGCAUACACUAUGAUGAACAAGCAACAGGCUGAGUAA